AUGGAGUUCUUGCUUUCUAUUUGGAUUGAAAAUGAAGUUGUACAGAGAAUACCAUUAAGUAGAAUGGUAAUUCAGUCGAAAGCAAACAACUUAUUUGAUGACAUAAAAAGUAAAGCAGUAUCCAACGAUAAUGCUCAUGGUAGUAAUACAGACAAGAAUGAAGCAUUUGAAGCUAGUCAGGGCUGGUUUGAGAGAUUCGAGGUUCGAGCAAAUCUGCACAGCAUUGCUCUUAAAGGCGAAGCAGCUAGCGCUAAUAUAACUGCUGCAGAACUCUACCCGACAGAGUUAAAAGCAUUAAUUCAAGAAGGUGUCUAUGGUCCGAAACAACUCUAUACAUUGCAUCCGGACCAACUGAAUAAUACCAAAAAAGCUGAAUUGGAGAUUAUUUUCUUUAAUCGCUUAGAAAAAGUAGGUUCUCAGUCAAUGUCCGUACUUUUGAAUAUGCUUUCGAAAAAAAAUAAUUUUGUACCCUACCGGAAUGCACCCGCAAAGCAUAACGAGAUAUUAACGGAUGUGGAGACUCAACGUGAAAUUGUUGAAGAACUAAUUGGAGAAAAUGAACCACUUUCGUAUGUAGAACAUUUAAAUUGGAUCAAUUUCACCGAAUUCGGUCAACCUAAACCGAUCUAUAUUAACCUGGUGCGACAUCCCAUCGAAAAAGUGAUAAGCGCAUACUAUUACAUACGCCAUCCCGCGGUUUUUGCAUUUUACGUUCAAAAUGGACUUAAAAUGGAAGAAAAGGAAUAUUUUGAUACAAGUUUUAACGAUUGCAUAAGGAAAAAGCGUAAAGAAUGCAUAUACGAUUCACAUAGUUCAUACAAUGCAGAUUGGCGAAGAUUCGCGAUGCAUUUUUGCGGAAAUUUAGAAAUAUGCGUGAAAUUCAAUUCGCAAACUGCUACUCAAAUAGCAAAACGUAACAUUGAAACAGAGUAUGCUGUGGUCGGUUCGUGGGAGGACACAAAUAUAACUCUUACAGUUUUGGAACAUUACAUACCAAGAUUUUUCAAAGGCGCCACCAAAGUAUUUUAUAGUGACCCUAAACGUUUUCACAGAAAUGCCACACCGCAUAAGAAUGAGCUGGAUCCGGAUAUUGAGGAAAAACUGAAAGUACAAUUCUCAUUUGAGAUCGAAUUGUAUAACUUUUGCAAGCAACGGCUUUACAAGCAAUACAUUGCCAUUAAAAAAGAUGAAGUUACGUCACAAUUUAAUUAGCCUUUGUAUGCUUUAUGUACAACUAAAUUAAAAACCAAAAAAUAAUAAUAAUUAUAGUACUGAAAUAAACUAUC